GCGUGAGCCGCACGGUCGCACCUUCCUUAGUGCAUUCAGUGCCUGCAAUACCACGCUAACUGCCCCAAGUUUGGGCUUCCAGCGCCGCAACCAACCCAAGGUACCUGGUACCGUUCCUCACCUUGCCAAUGCCAUUCCUCAUCUCCAUCCAACAAGACUCGUCCCACGCACGCAGCCAGUCGAGUCCGAGGCUCCAGCAUAGCCUCGCGCUCGUCCACCAACUUUGAGGAUGUGAUAUUACUGCGCCGCAGACUACAUUCAAUAUCUCUCCGACGAUGUGGUCUUCUUCCGGCGGCAGCAGCAGCAAGAAGCCUGCGCAGUCACCGCAGGAGAUGAUUCAAGUCGAAAGAUCUGACUCGCCGUUCUGGAGACCGCCUCCUCGAGAUACUGCAAAGCGAAGCGUGACAACACCCGUGGGAUCAGGUCGCGAGAACCUGGUGAUUGGCGCUGCCUACUCCCAUGCCGAUAUUCUAAAGCUCGACUCGCUGAGCCUUUCGCGAACAAACUCCCGCCCCGACACACCACCAUCUGGCGCCUCGAACUCCAAGUAUCGGUUCAAUGAUGCGUCGCCUCCGCCAAGAGCCUCUGGCGGCACGACUUCGCCCCCUUAUAAAAACUAUAUAAACUUUCUUUCUAAUACAAACGACGACUGGAAAGCGGACGAAGACGAAAUGAUGGGUUAUGACGACGAUGAUGGGGACGACUUUGGGCUGCCAAGCAUCUCAAGCAUGAAGAGAAGAACGCGGCGGAGAGAGUCACAGCGCAAAGGGCAAGAUUCGACGACACUCGCGCCCGCAGCGAUGGCUUCUACUUUGAACACGCAGGAGCGGCGAUACUCGAAUAGUGCCGAUAUCGCUAUCGAGCGACCAGCGCCUUCCUAUCCGAUGCCCAAGAAGAGUGAGGGCAAGAUCUUGCGACCUCAAUACAAGGAUAUCCUGAAAGAUCCGGCCAACGCUUUGCAUCUCAUCAGCUACCCACCGAUACCGAGCAAUGCCAGCUCAAAGGAAGCGGAGGCGAUCAGCUCGCGUAUCACACGGAUCAACAAGUUCAAAAAGCUAUUGCAAGCAUCAACGAUACCCCUGCCGGAUCUGAGAGGAUUAGCAUGGUCUGGAGUGCCAGAGGAGGUGCGCGCAAUGACCUGGCAGCUGCUCCUGAGCUAUCUGCCCACGAACAGUGAGAGGCGAGUUGCGACGCUGGAAAGAAAGCGCAAAGAGUACCUCGACGGUGUCCGACAGGCUUUCGAACGAGGAUCCACCUCUGGCGCAACGGCCGGUCGGGCAAGGGGGUUGGACGAGGCUAUUUGGCAUCAGAUCAGCAUCGAUGUCCCUCGCACAAACCCGCAUAUCGAGCUAUACAGCUACGAAGCGACACAGAGAUCGCUGGAGCGCAUAUUGUACCUGUGGGCCGUCCGCCACCCUGCCAGUGGUUAUGUUCAAGGUAUCAACGAUCUUGUCACACCUUUCUGGCAGGUGUUCCUCGGUCUCUACAUCUCAGACAGCAACAUCGAGUCGGGCAUGGAUCCCGGGCAGCUUCCGAAGACUGUGCUUGACGCGGUCGAGGCGGACUCCUUCUGGUGUCUCACGAAGCUGUUGGACGGGAUCCAGGACCAUUACAUAGUCGCCCAGCCCGGCAUCCAACGGCAAGUUGCAGCCCUGAGGGAUCUUACGGCGCGCAUCGACUCCAAGUUAUCGCGCCAUUUGGAGAAGGAGGGGGUGGAGUUCAUUCAGUUCAGCUUCCGCUGGAUGAACUGCCUGCUCAUGCGAGAAGUCAGCGUCCGCAAUGUUAUUCGCAUGUGGGACACCUAUCUCGCUGAGGAGCAGGGCUUCUCCGAGUUCCAUCUCUACGUCUGUGCCGCGUUCCUGGUCAAGUGGUCAUCGAAACUUGUCAACAUGGACUUUCAGGAAGUCAUGAUGUUUCUGCAGCGCCUGCCCACCAAGGAAUGGACAGAGAAGGAUAUUGAGCUCCUGUUGAGCGAGGCGUUUAUAUGGCAGAGUUUGUUCAAGGGGUCGUCGGCGCACUUGAAGGGUCAGCCUAGUCGUCCGGCCGUGACAGAUUUACAGUUAUAGUCACAGGCCAUAUAUUGGAGCAAGAGUAACAACGGGCAGGCAGGUCUUGCCAACUACUCGGUAUAAUGAAAUGAAGAGAAAUACAUAUCCAGUACAUU